AUACUAAUAAUAAAAAAACUUAUUUUUCAUUUUUUAUAUAUUUGUUUGUUCAAGUUCCUUGUUUCUCCUGUUUGUUCUGCUCGUUCUUAAAAAAUUAGGGUGCCCUUUUGUUAGGCUAUUUAUAUAUUUACAACAGUCAUUUCUGACCUGGUCGAGGUUGGUUGUUAUGGCCGUACUUGAUUUUGGAGAUUGACUUGACUUGUAUGUUUAUAUCCAAGUCGUAGGUGGCUUCACUUUUAUAACUUUAAUUAAAUGAUAUUAAUAUUGCUUUAACGAUAAACCAUUGACCCUUGCCUUCUUUGUCACACUACUUUUAGCUUGAGGGAAUAAGUUUCAAAUUUGAUGCUGGAUUUUGCAGGUCACAAUAAUCUUCUGUUUCUCCAAAGCUUGAGGGAGAACGAAAACUGCUGAAGUAGAGUCUAAUCAUGAAUGGAAAAGGACAUAGAUUUGUGAGGUUUGAAGAUUGGCAAUCGGAGUCAUCUUUUAGCAUAGAGCAAAACGAUCACAAAAGAAGACCAAGUGUGUUUGAAGUUUUGAAGAGUAUAGGAAGAAGGGUUGAGGGUAGUUCAGAGAAGAUGAAGAACUUAAGAAGAGUUUCAGCUGUUCAUCCCUUAAGUGAUGGACAGAAAAAGCUGCCACCUAGGAAGAAAAUUCUUGAUCCACAGAGUUCAAUGCUUCAGAAAUGGAACAAAAUCUUUGUAAUUUCGUGUGUGUUGGCAGUCUCUGUGGACCCGUUCUUCUUUUACAUUCCAGUGAUUGAUAAUAAGCAAAAAUGCCUUGAUUUGAGUGGGCCAUUGCAGAUCACUGCCAGUGUUUUUCGCACCUUCUUUGAUCUAUUCUACAUUCUUCGCAUAAUCUUUCAGUUUAAGACAGGGUUUAUUCCCCCUUCUUCUCGUGUUUUUGGAAGGGGUGAGCUCGUUGAUGAUCCUGUGGCUAUAUCGAAAAGAUACUUAAAUUCAUACUUCAUCAUCGACAUUCUAUCAAUUAUUCCGCUUCCACAGGUGAUUGUUUUAGCCAUACAUCCAAACAUGAAAACAGAUCCAUUUAUAGCAAAGGAUUUGUUGAAGUAUUCUGUAUUAAUCCAGUAUGUGCCAAGGCUUCUGCGGAUCCAUCCACUGUUCAAAGAAGUAACUAGAACUUCUGGCAUAUUGACUGAGACAGCAGGGGCUGGAGCUACUUAUAAUCUUUUUCUUUAUAUGCUAGCAAGUCAUGUAGUUGGAGCUUUCUGGUAUUUGCUCUCAGUAGAGUCAGAGCUGCGUUGCUGGCGCCGACAGGUGAAGGGUGUAGACUUGAGUUGUGGAAACCGCACCCCAGAAAACAUUUUAGCUCUCAAUCAAUCUUGUUCUUUGGUGGACCCUGAUGAUAUCAAAGACCGAGAAAGCUACAACUUUGGAAUCUUUUUUGAUGCUUUACAUUCCGGUGUGGUAAAAUCAACCACGAAUUUUCCUAAGAAGUUCUUCUACUGCUUUUGGUGGGGUUUGCGCAAUUUAAGUUCUCUUGGACAAAAUCUCAAGACAAGUACUUAUCUACCAGAGAUAAUAUUUGCAAUCUUCAUUGCGAUCUUUGGAUUAGUUUUAUUCUCGUUACUUAUUGGAAACAUGCAGAAAUAUUUGCAAUCUACAACUGUUCGAGUGGAGGAGAUGAGAGUGAAGAGACAGGACGCAGAACAGUGGAUGUCCCACCGUAUGCUACCCGAGAACUUGAAGGACAGAAUUAGACAAUAUGAACAGUAUCAAUGGCAAGAAAAUAGGGGUGUUGAGGAGGAGGCAUUGAUUCGUAACCUUCCUAAAGAUCUCAGAAGGGACAUAAAGCGUCACCUUUGUCUAGCUUUGGUUAUAAAGGUGCCAAUGUUUGAGAAAAUGGAUGAGCAGUUGUUAGAUGCAAUUUGCACUAGACUGAAGCCAGUCCUUUAUACUGAGAAGAGCCAAAUUUUUCGUGAAGGAGACCCAGUUGAUGAGAUGCUUUUCAUUAUGCGUGGAAAAGUCUCUACUGUGACGACAAAUGGUGGAAGAACUGGUUUCUUCAACUCCUUGUUUCUGGAAGCUGGUGCAUUCUGCGGAGAGGAGCUUCUGACAUGGGCCUUGGAUCCUAACUCCUCCUCGAAUCUUCCCAUUUCAACUAGGACAGUGAAAACCAUAUCAGAAGUUGAAGCCUUUGCUCUCAUGGCGGAUGAUUUGAAGCUUGUUGCCUCCCAAUUUCGCCGUCUUAGCAGCAAGCAGCUCCAACACGCUUUCAGGUUCUAUUCCUCACAGUGGAAGACAUGGGCUGCAUGUUUCAUACAAGCAGCUUGGCGUCGAUACUGGAAAAAGAAGGCUGAGAGGUCUUUGCACGUAGAAGAAGACAAGCUACAAGAUGCUUUGACAAAUGAUGACGGCGCUACUCUGAGCCUUGGCGCAACCAUAUAUGCAUCAAGGUUUGCUGCCAAUGCACUGCGAAACCUGAGAGAAAACAACAGACAGAAUAGAAUGCAACAGAGACUACUGCCUCUGCUACCUCCAAAGCCAGCCGAGCCAGACUUCACUUCUCUGAAACACUAACUUGGAUAUAUAUAGGAGUAAGGACAUGUUAUCCAUACUGCAUAGCUGUUGUGUGUGCAUAUUUUGGGAGGGUUUCUUAAAAAUUCAUUCAAUAAAUUAAUGUAUAUGUCGUAGCCAAAGCCUUUCAUACGAUGUAUUUAAAUUUAACAAUAUCUAUGCAGAAUACAAACAAGAUGAUUGAAUUACAUUUUUUUAAAUAGCAGAUCUCAUCAUUUCAAAGUACAACCUUAUCCAUAAUGCAUAUUCUGGUCUUGAAUUUUGUAAACUAUGCUGAUUAUCUUCAGACAUGUAUAGUUCAUGCGUUAUUCAUUUGAUCAUUUUGUAAGAAAGUGUCAUUAUUUUUCCUUUUCAAGUGGUUAGUUAUAGGAAAAUUUAUAUAUAAUAUUCUUAUAUUAAAAUAAAUAUAAAGAUUAAUUAGAUCAACAUUAGUUAACAUAUGUCAGUGCUUGUGCAGUGGAGGAAGCUGCAUUCUUAUUCAGAAUAGUUGACAAAGCAAUAUUUUAUUUAUUCAUGAUUCAGUACAAGCUCAUUAUCAAUUUAUUUUUCUACUUCCUUUAUAAUAUAUUGAUAUGAUAAUCUUGCACUUGCAGCAGCCCAAAUGAACCUCACAUGAUAAAGAUAGCUCUGCAUACCAGAAAUAAAAAAUAGUCAUCAUCAUUUUCCGCGUCAUAAUCAAAGUUAAGUUGGAAGCAUAAUAAAAAAUUGAAUUUGAAAAAGAGCAGAGAAGCUUACUUUUUGCAAUCAGUUUUGUCGUCAAUAGGAGGAAGCGUAACAGAGAGUCCACACUCUUUGGGAACUAGAGGUAUACGUUGGGGAUCAUAAUCUCCAAUCGCUGCCAAUCCUUGUUUGAGGCACAGACAUAUAGCUUCUCUAUUUUCGUGGCUUCCAGCCUCACCAUUCAGUGACUUGAUACCUUGGCAACACUCGUCGGAGGGGUGCUUUGUGUUUGAUUUGAGGAAGCUAACACAAGGUGUAACAUCCUCAAUAACUGUGGGGCAUUUUAUGGAACCCUGAGCUUCACAUCCAGUAAUUAGGAGAAUGACAAUGGAUACGAUUGCUGCUCUUGACAUUUUCAUUGUUAAAGACACAACACCUUUAAAGAUAGUUGGGACUGAACUGUUUUUAGUACAGGACCAAAUGUCAUACAUAUAUAUAUACACACACCCACAUAUAGAUAGAUAGAUAGAUAGAAAGAGAGAUUGAGAGAUUGUGCAGUUCUUUGUUUGUUCUGUCUACUUGCAGUGCAUGCAAACUUCAUGAAUGAAUAAAAGUGAACCAUA